AGACUGGCCCAGCUGUUACACUACACUAGCCUGAGUCAGGCAUUGUUUUCCAAGCCACUAUCCCCGAUCGGGCCAACGCAGCCUUCAAGGGGGGGAUGUGACCCGGAGAAUAGCCCGCAGAACCUUCCAAGAUGGACACCUUGUCUCUUUUUUUUUUUUUUUUUUUUUUUUUUGUUUUUUUACUUUUUUUUUAUUUUGUUUUCGGUUUGUUUCCUUUUCAUACUAUCCCAUGUUGUCCACUCUCUACUGUCUCUAUCUAGAAACUUGCAGGUUGUGUUUAUAUUUGUUAUUUUUUUGUUUGUUAUUUUGAUUAUUGUCCAACCCCCCCAACCCCCUCUCUCUUUCCGCUACAGCUGGAGCUUGUGUGUGGUUGAAUUCAGUCCAGGUUGCUACGGCACACCGGUGGGAUGUGUGCCACACAAAAGAUGCUAUGAGGAUCACUAACUCUUUUGUUCUCUUGUCUCCUACGUCUGUUGACGUAGUGAAGGGCUAGUCUGUGUGGAAAAUGAUGCAGCCAUUGGGGGUUGUCUUGUGUUGCACACCUUUCCAACACUGCGAAACGAUCGCCCCCCACUCCCCCCCGCGGAAAAGCGCCCAUGCUUGAUAUCGUAUGGUUCAUGACCAAUAUGUUUCCAGUACAGGGAAGAUCCCAGAGGAGGCCAAGGCUCUGUCGCUGUUGGCACCUGCCGCCCCGGUACCUAGUCUGAUUCCAGGCGGAGGACUGCUGCCGAUUCCCACUCCGGCUCCACUUCAGAACCUGAACCUUCCUCUGGUGAAUCGGAUCACAGCGAGCCUCGACCCCACAGCCUCUGUGCUGUCUCAGCCUCCCCUCAUCGGCAAUGUUGACCCGACGAAAAUCGAUGAGAUUAGGAGGACGGUAUACGUUGGAAACCUAAACUCACAGACCACCACUGCAGAGCAGCUGCUGGAGUUUUUCAAGCAGGUGGGAGACGUGAAGUUUGUCCGGAUGGCCGGAGACGAGACUCAGCCGACCCGCUUCGCCUUCGUAGAGUUUGUGGAGCAGGACUCCGUGGCCAGAGCCCUCACUUUAAACGGAGUCAUGUUUGGAGACAGACCCCUGAAGGUCAAUCAUUCCAAUAACGCCAUAGUAAAGCCCCCUGAGAUGACGCCUCAGGCUGCUGCUAAGGAGCUGGAAAGUGUGAUGAAGAGGGUGAGGGAGGCCCAGUCCACCAUUGCUGCUGCCAUAGAGCCAGAGACAAAGCAGCGUUCGUCCAGCCGCUCCCAAAGGUCACGGCGGUCCCGUUCCCAGACGCGCUCUCGUUCCCACUCGAGAUCACGGAGGAAAAGGUCUCGCUCCAAACACAGACCAACACCAAGAUCUUUUCCUGGCGGUGACGCCCACAGUUCGAGGAGCGGCCACAAGAGGCGCUCUCGGUCCAGAGACAGGAGACACGCCAGGAGUCGCUCCAGAGGCCACAAAAGGAGGAGCAAGGAUCGGUCCAGAAGCCCUCGGAGGAAAGCGAGGUCACCUUCACCAAAACGAAGUAAACGGGAGAAGAAGAGGGAGCGCAGCAGAGACAGGAAGGAGCGUUCCUUGUCCAGGAAGAGAAGCCGCAAAGACGAGGAGCGGAUAAAGAGCAAAUCCAAGACAACCAAGCAGGACUACAAAAGGGAAGAAAAGGCGGCGUACGGGAGCGACAGGGAAGGCUCAGCCACUCCGACAUCAUCACCGCGCGCCCAGCACAACGGCAGCUACAAAACUCACAGAGAGGAGGCCGCGUUUCUGGGCCGCAACGCCACCAAGUGAACAGUCGCCGUUUGCGUCUCCCUCGUCCCGCCGCGCGCGUCAUCUCCCACCACCUGUCGCCUCAUCACGAGUUUCUUCCGUUUUGCGUUACGAACUCCCGCUGCAAACCCGAGGAUUCUGACGUCGAGCUCAUUUUCCGGCCCGGAGGACAGGAGAGACGGUGCUUCGACACAACCUUCCAGGAUAAAAGCACGUCAGCGUCAUCCCGACGGCGGCGCUUGUUUCAAAGCGGCUCCGACGGACGACGCGAUGUCGCAGAAAGAAAAUCAAAAGCUGCUGAGAUCGACCAGCGCGUGUGGAAACCUGGAGCCAACCGAAGAGGCGAUCGGGGCUGCGGUCAACGUUAUUUGGUAAAACUCUGGAUUUUAUCUGUAAGCUUCAUUAAUGCCUCUCAGACUGGCAGUGUUUAGUCAUGCUCCGGUACAUCAACCCUUUCCUCUAAAUAAAUUCCUCCUCAGUAACAGAUUAAAAAUACUAAUUAUGAAAAUAGGAAACGUGAUCUAAUUCUUUUUAUAAAAGCCGACAUUUGGUUAGAAACAGUGUUGCCCCGGUAACAGCGAUGGCUGGAACUCAUCUAGUUUCCGAAUCGUUUUUUCUUUCCAUGUUUACAAAAAUCCAAACUGCUAUUUUUUUUUUCAAAGUAUUAAAAGAAAAAAAAUAAAAACUAGUAGUCUUCUUUCAGCUAGCUGACUGGCAGUGUACAGGACUAUCACUCUAAGCUCCAAACACUGUUAGGAAACUUUGAGCGGUGAUAUUUGAAAGCCAUUUUGUUCCUUGGUGGCAGUCACCAGCCUGUGCUUACUUCUCAAAACCACAUGUGCAGCAGGAAUCUGCUUAAGUCAUAAAAACUGUAUAUUGACUAUUGUCUUAAUUAUUUAUUUAGUCAAUAAAUGUGAGUGGGAUCAUAAA